AUGCACGGAGUUAAUGUAAAUGUUUACAAUAGGCAAAAGUCCUAUGGAACCACAACAACUGGACAUGCUUUUGGUAUGACAUCAGGACUAUCCAUGCAGACAGUACAAGAUAUGGCAGGUGUUUCUGGAAGUUACAUGAAUGCUGAUACAUUCUCAAAAGAUUACGCAGAUCCAAUUGUAUUUGACACUAAGAAGUCAUUCUUUAAUAGUGUUAAAUUUAAAAGAUUUAGAAAGAGAUAUGCUGGUGCUUUAGGAUUUGUUAUUCUUAUUUGUUUCUUUAUUGGCCUUUACUGGAUAAUAGUCUUUACAAAACACUCAAAUUCAAAAGGAUCUAAAACUCCCUCUGUCUUUGAAGAUGAACAUAUACAGUUUACUCAUGAGGAUUUUUCUGCUCAUAAUAAUAUUUUGAAUACAAAUGAAAAGGACCUCCAUAGUAAUGACUGGUCAGAUUUCGAAGAUGAUUGGCUUGAUGAACAUGAAUUCCUGGAGGAGGAAAUUGAUGAUAUUGAGGACUCUGAACAUGGAAAUUCUCAUUAUGCCAAAGUUAUUAAUGAUAUGGAUAAUCAUCAAGAGAGUUCUCACGUAGAGACUUCAUUCGAUGCAUCACCAAAACCACUUAAAAGCACUGGAGAAUCUGACACUCAUAGUAGUAGCCAACCCAUCCAAACUACUGAUAAGCUUCCAAAUGAGGUUCAUGGAAUUAUCCCACCAAAGCCAUUAACUGAAAUUCCUUCACAUGAAGAAAGUAUUGUUUACUUUCCAAAAACAAUCCAUUUACUUGGAAGAAUUGGGGAUGAUUCUGCGGUUAAUGGUAAAUACAAUGUGAUGAUGCAUCCUUACCACGAAGAAAGUCCUUGGAUCCAUGGAGGUAGACUCAUUUGGUAUAAAACUGGCAAGAACUCCUCUAACAACUAUUAUAUAUUUUAUGAGAAGAAGUUACACAACUGGGUUUUAACAGAUAAAUUCGAUCUUGAUAAUCCAAAUCCUAUAGCCUUUUUACCUGACCAUGGUGUAAUGCCAGUUAAGGGAGUAGGCAAACAUGGAUGCAAAGCCCAGCACUAUUGGUAUUUCAGAGAAAAGAACUCUGAUAAUUCACAAAAACUUGUAAUGGAUAGGUCAGUCUUAGUUACCGACAAUGGAAUUUUGCUUGACUCACUUCCGGAUCGUGAACAUAGAAUAGGUUCAUCUAUGGAUCAAGAAGUAAUUGGACUCAAACUUCAUAAAAAUCAAAUACAUAUUGAUCACAAAUACUAUAGUGAUAGAUAUUCUGGUAGACACCAAAUUAAAAACCCCUACUAA